UUUCCUAUUGGAGGAAACUCACGAGGCCCCGCCCCUCGGCGACCUGGGCAGCCGGAAGCGAGUAUGGCGGCCGCGGGGACCGCGGCUACGGACCUAGAGGUGGUCCGGGGCAAGCGCUCCGCGCUGUUCUUCGCCGCGGUGGCCAUCCUGCUGGGACUGCCGCUCUGGUGGAAGACCACGGAGACCUACCGAGCCCCGUUGCCUUACUCCGAGAUCAGUGGGCUGAAUGCCCUGCAGCUCCGGCUCAUGGUGCCAGUCACAGUUGUGUUUACUCGGGACUCGGUGCCCCUGGACGACCAGGAGAAGCUACCCUUCACCGUUGUGCAUGAGAGAGAGAUCCCUCUGAAAUACAAAAUGAAAAUCAAGUGCCGAUUCCAGAAGGCCUACCGGAGAGCUCUGGACCACGAGGAGGAGGCACUGUCGCUGGGCAGUGUAUAUGAGGCAGAAGCCAUGUUAGCUGAGCCAGAGAAGCAAGCAGAGGGCUCCCUGACGGUGUACAUCAUCUCCGAACACUCCUCCCUUCUUCCCCAGGACAUGAUGAGCUACAUUGGACCCGAGAGGACAGCGGUUAUACGGGGGAUAAUGCACCGGGAAGCCUUCAACAUCAUUGGCCGCCGCAUAAUCCAAGUAGCCCAGGCCAUGUCUUUGACAGAGGAUGUGCUCGCCGCUGCUCUGGCUGACCACCUCCCCGAGGACAAGUGGAGCUCUGAUAAGAGGAGGCCUCUCAAGUCCAGCUUGGGCUACGAGAUCACUUUCAGCUUACUCAACCCAGACCCCAAAUCCCAUGAUGUCCACUGGGACAUCGAGGGGGCUGUCCAGCGCUAUGUGCAGCCUUUCCUGAGUGCCCUCCGUGCCGCUGGCAAUUUCUCUGUGGACUCUCAGAUCCUUUAUUAUGCCAUGCUGGGAGUGAACCCCCGCUUUGACCCAGCCUCAUCUAGCUACUACUUAGCCAUGCACAGCCUCCCCCAUGUCAUCAACCCGGUGGAGUCCCGGCUGGGAUCCAGCGCCGCCUCCCUGUACCCUGUGCUCAACUUCCUACUCUACGUGCCUGAGCUCGCCCACUCCCCUCUGUACAUUCAGGACAAGGAUGGGGCUCCAGUGGCCACCAAUGCCUUCCACAGUCCCCGCUGGGGUGGCAUUAUGAUAUACAACGUCGAUCCCCAAAUCUAUAAUGCCUCAGAUCUGCCAGUGAGAGUUGAGGUGGACAUGGUGCAGGUGAUGCAGGUGUUCCUGGCUCAGCUGAGGCUUCUCUUUGGGAUUGCUCAGCCCCAGGUGCCUCCAAAAUGCCUGCUUUCAGGACCAAAGAGUGAAGGACUCAUGACCUGGGAGCUGGACCGAUUGCUGUGGGCUCGGUCGGUGGAGAACCUGGCCACAGCCACCACCACCCUCACCUCCCUGGCUCAGCUUCUGGGCAAGAUCAGCAACAUUGUCAUCAAGGAUGAUGUGGCAUCUGAGGUAUAUAGGGCUGUGGCUGCGGUCCAGAAGGCAGCGGAGGAGUUAGCCCUUGGGCACCUGUCAGCCGCCUUUGUGGCCAGCCAGGAAGCCGUGACAUCUUCAGAGCGUGCCUUUUUUGAUCCCUCGCUCCUCCACCUCUUGUAUUUCCCCGAUGACCAGAAGUUUGCUAUCUAUAUCCCACUUUUCCUGCCUAUGGCUGUGCCCAUCCUUCUGUCUCUGGUCAAGAUCUUUCUGGAAACUCACAAGUCCUGGAAAAAGCCUGAGAAGAUAGACUGAGCCGGGUGGCAUGUCAGAGGAAGCCUUCCUGUCUGGCCAAGCCGGGGUGUUGGGCUGAGAGGCCAAAGCGAGGUCCUAUGGUUUGUCUUCAUUCUUUGUUGGCUCUCUACCAACCAGAGGAUGCCACUCCACGGUGGGCUCACCUUCCUUCCCCUUCCCAUCCCACUAACCUGGUCCUCCACCACACCUAGCAGCCUAGGAGGACACAUUUUCUGGAUCUCCACAUCUGGCUUGAACUUAAAGGCCUUUGCCUGUCUACUCCUGGGCAGGGGUACCUUGUUCUUCCAGCCUGUCAGCACGGCAUACUUCUGUACUGAGAGGUGGAUUGAGGGGAAAUCCUUGGGUUGAAUUAUAGCCCCCUCCUCUCCACUUCUAAGAUCUUCUCCCUC